GUUUGGCCCCAAAAUAAAUAUGUUCUCCUCUAUUCUUCUUUCUUAUGCUUUUGUCUCUCUUUCUCUAUUUUUUUUUCUUUUUGUUUUUUCUCGUAAACACAUACGACUCAAAAUUGGAGGGAAAAAAGAAUAUAUAGAAAACUUGUCAUUUAAUUGUAUCCAAAAAUACGUCAUUUGCCUGUUUGGGCAUUGCAUUGAUCAAUCCAGGCUACCAUAUCAAUUGGUGAAGGUAAAUAAAUAUUUCAAAAAGAGAUGGGAGAGAAAUGGGGGAUCCAAGUAGGAGUAGUUGGGGCAUUGUUUCUUUCAGUGGCAUCAUCAGUGUCCAUUGUCAUUUGCAACAAAGCUUUGAUGAGUAAUCUUGGCUUCCCGUUUGCAACGACACUGACAAGUUGGCAUCUGAUGGUAACAUUUUGUACUCUUCACCUUGCGCAACGGCUCAAUUUUUUUGAGACAAAAUCAGUGGACAUGAAGACUGUAGUUUUGUUUGGCAUCUUAAAUGGAGUUUCCAUUGGUCUUCUUAACUUGAGCCUUGGAUUUAACUCCAUUGGAUUCUACCAGAUGACCAAGCUUGCCAUCAUACCUUUCACUGUUCUCUUGGAAACUCUUUUCCUCAAUAAACAUUUCAGUCGGAAGAUAAAGCUUUCACUGUUCGUCUUGCUGGUGGGAGUUGGGAUUGCAUCUAUCACUGACCUGCAGCUUAAUUUGGUUGGGACAAUUCUUUCUGGUCUAGCGAUAAUCACAACAUGCGUUGGACAGAUUCUGACAAAUACCAUACAAAAAAGGCUGAAUGUAUCGUCUACACAACUUCUCUAUCAAUCUGCACCAUAUCAAGCGGCUGUGCUUUUUGUAUUUGGUCCUCUGGUGGAUAAGUUUCUUACCAAGCAGAAUGUCUUUGCCUUCAAGUAUUCUCCAAUUGUUACGGGAUUUAUUAUAAUGUCAUGCCUGAUAGCGGUAUCGGUGAACUUCAGCACAUUUUUAGUAAUAGGGAAGACAUCACCAGUAACAUAUCAAGUACUGGGCCAUUUGAAGACAUGCCUAGUUCUUGGGUUUGGUUAUACAUUAUUGCAUGAUCCUUUCACUGAGAGAAAUAUUAUUGGAAUUACUAUAGCUGUUUUUGGGAUGGGAUUGUACUCAUAUUUCUGCACCAAUGAAACCAAAAAGAAAAUCCCAACUGGGGAAUUAUCCACAAACUCCCAGAUAAAGGACAAGGAAAAUUUGCCACUAUCAUCAGCCAAGAAUGUGGGUCUCCAAGAUAAUGAAGGUCGUGAAAAAGUCAAAGCAUCAAAGGAUUCACUUGUUUGAUAUAGAUAUUUUAUUUUGGGAGGUGAAAGAGAAUUUUUGUAAGGAAAUUGUUUUCAAAUUUAUUUUAAGGUUCUUUUUGGUUCCAAAAUCAGCAAACAAUUCCAGGAAAAUAAUGAUGGUCUUUUUUGCAAUAAGCUCUCCAAAUUAAAGUCAUGUCUCUACCUAUGUAGUUUUAGAGCUGCACAGUAUAUCUCGUAUACAAGUGUUGUUCAUCUAAUACACAAAUUUGAUUGUCUCUAAAAAAAAGACUUGAGCGAGUUGCCCGAGUCUUUUGAUUAA